AUGUCCCCGACCGUGGGCCGGUUCUUGUGCCUGAUGGGGGCCGCCUGCCUGGGGCUGCCGCCGUCGCCGUCGCCGCUGCGCGCGCAGGUAGUGGCUGACGACACCUACUUAAACGAGGUGCAGAACUCAGUGCCUCUGUCCUGCUCCGAGGGUUUCACCGAGUUGGGUUACUACAACGGCACCGUGUCCCAGACGGACUCGGGCGCCCCCUGCCUCAAGUGGACCGAGUUCCCCGACUACGUGGUGCAGUACCCGGGCCGCGGGCUGGGCGAGCACAGCUACUGCCGGAACCCGGACCGCGAGUCCAACCCCUGGUGCUUCUUUCGGCAGAACUCGGGCGCCGUCGGCUGGGCCUACUGCGACUGCCAUCAGGGCGCCGCCCGGCUGGUCGGCGGCUCGUCGCCCCACGGCGGGCGGGUUGAAGUGUACCUGAACGGCCAGUGGGGGGCGGUGUGCGACUCGCACUGGACCGACCGCGACGCCAGCGUUGUCUGCAGGCAGUUGGGCUUGAGCGACAUCGGCGCGGCGUCCCGCCACUCCCAGCUCGCCUCGGGUUCCGGCCUCUUCCACUUUGAGCGUCUGGGUUGCCGCGGCGACGAGAGCAGCGUGAGCGCCUGCAGGAGCAAGACAUUUGUCACCGGGGACUGUAACCAUGGAAACGAGGCCGCUGCCUUGUGCGCGCCGCCUGAAGGCGGCGGGACGCCCCUCCGACUGGUCGGCGGUGAGGAAGACUUUGAGGGCCGCUUGGAGGUGUUCCACGCCGGGAGGUGGGGCUCCGUGUGCGACGACCAAUGGGACGACAGAGACGCGGAAGUGGUGUGCAGACAACUGGGCUUCAGCGGUGUGGCCAAGGCGUGGUCGUGGGCUCACUUUGGUCAGGGAUCCGGUCCAAUCCUGCUGGACGCCGUCAAGUGCACGGGGAACGAAUUGUUCCUGGAUCAGUGCGCGCACGGACCCUGGGAGCAGCACAACUGCGACCACAUGGAGGACGCCGGAGUCUCCUGCAGCCCUCACACAGACGGGGUGGUCCGCCUGGUGGGGGGCGACAGUCCCUGGGAGGGCCGGGUGGAGGUCCUCCACAACGGCGACUGGGGGACCGUGUGUGACGACCACUGGACGGAGCGACACGCCCGCGUGGUCUGUGGACAGCUGGGAUACAGGGGUCACGCAGAGGUCGUGUCGGACGGGAAGUUCGGCGAGGGCGCCGGGCUGAUCCUGCUGGACGACGUCCGCUGCGACGGCUCUGAGGCGUCUCUGCUGGACUGCCGGCGCGGCGUCUGGGGCCGCAGCGACUGCUCCCACGCAGAGGACGCGGCCGUGCGCUGCCGGGCGAAGGCCGAAGACCGGACCAACGACGUGCCGGUCGUCGCGCCGGCCACAGGUCCGUUGCUGCGUCUCGCCGGGGGCGGCAGCAGGACGGAGGGGCGCGUGGAGGUCUAUCUCCACGGCGACUGGGGGACUAUCUGCGACUCGGGGUGGAACGACCUCAACGCCGCCGUCGUGUGCAGCCAGCUGGGACACAGGGGGAGAGCGCUGGCCGCCGGGGGCUUCACUCAGGGUAAAGGACCGGUCCACCUGGACCAAGUUCGGUGCACGGGCAAGGAGGAUUUCCUGGGCGAGUGUCCCUCGCUUGGCCUCAACGUCCUGGGCUGCAGGCGGGGCCGGCCCGCAGGGGUCAAGUGUGACGCCUCUGCCGCCCCGACGCGCGAGCCGCCGGUAGGAGUCAGCCACCAAGAGGCCGGCUGCGGCGUGAGGAAGUUUCACGAUGACGGCGGCGAGGGAGGAGAGAACACGCUCAGGACGGCGUGGCCUUGGCAGGCCUCCGUGUGGCUUCAGUCCCAAAGCGAAGACGGGGGCCCCCUCUGCAGCGCGACUCUCAUCGGCUCCUGCUGGGCGCUCACGUCCGCCACCUGUUUCGCCAGGUUCGGAACGGAGCCGUCCAAGUACGUGGUGCGGCUGGGGGUUUCCGAGCGGACCUUGAACCUGGAGCGGGUGGUGGUCCACAAGAAGUUCAAAGGUCAGAGCGGCGGUCACGACCUGGCCCUGCUCAAGCUGCCCGGCGCCCAGAAGGGAGGCUGUUUCACCUUUGACCCACACGUCAACGCCGCCUGCCUGCCCGACGACGACCUCAGCAGCAUGCCGGCGGCCUGUGUCGUCAUGGUGACGACGCGGUGGGGCACACCAGACUCUCUCCUGGCGUCGUGGGUUCCCAUCAUGUCGUCAUGGCAAUGCAAGAAGCGCCACGGCGACAGCUUCUCCAGCCACGGCACCGUGUGCGCCGGCAGCCCCCCGGACACCAGCCUGCUCCACGGCGGUGGUGGCGACGGUUGCCGUGGCAACUCCGGAGGCGGCCUGCUGUGCCAGAGCGCGGCGGGCCGCUGGGUACUGGCGGGGGUGGUCGCCGGGGGCUACGGCUGCGCGGAACCCUCCUCGCCGGCGCUGUACACGCGGGUCAGCAGAUUCCGCGAAUGGAUCGACAAAGUCACCCGGGCCGACUCACAAAAUGGCCGACGAGGGGAGGAAACGAACGAGAUCGGAGGAGGAGCGCACACGAAACACACGCAUCACCCGCAGGCGGCGGCUUGAUCGUGGCCUCACUGGCUUACCAAAUGUGCCACGGGACCACCAGAGAAAAACUCUUGACGAUCGGUGGACGCCUUUGCUUCCCAACGAGACGCCAAAACUAAGACGGCCAAUCAGCACGUGCGUUCACAUCCUAAAUUCAAUCGGCGAGGGUACGCGAUUAAGAUAUCGAUUAGCAUUGGCGCUGACUGCUAAGUAAUGUACAACUGAUAAAAAAAUGCAACGACAAAAAAAAAAAAAAGGGCUUUUCUUUGCAGGCUCACACUGGAUGACGGAGUGACUUCACUCUGGACCGUACCAUUGUUUCUACUCCAUAAAAUGUCAUCCAUUCAUUUUCUAUGGCGCUUAUCCUCAUUUUGUUUAUAGGUGCACCCUCUCCCGAUUGAUUUGUUGGGCGAGAGCCGGGUACACCCUGGACUGCUUUUUAGAUUUGCCAAGUCAAUCUUCAGACUUAAACCCCACCUGAUAAAAGAGGAAAAAAACUCAGGAUAAGUGGUACAGAAAAUAGGGUUGGUUGUCUACGUGCCCUGUGACCGGCUGGCGACCAGUCCGGGUUGUAACCCACCUCCUGCUGUGGAAGGCUCCAGCUCACUCGUCACCCUAGUGAAAAAAAAGAACGCUAUAGAAAUUGGAUUGGUGGAUUUCAGUCCGAUACCUUUGCCUCCACUAAGCAGGAGGGAAUCUGGGACAGAAUCCAAGCCGCUCAUCAUCACAAGGGUUGCGGGAUAGCCGGAGCCUAUCCCAGCUAGCUUCAGGCGAAAGGCCGACUACACCCUGAACUGGUCGCCAGUCACUCGCAGGACAGAUAUCGACACCAUCACCGAGCGGGAAUCGAUCUCGCACGCUGCCCGCACCCAAGGCAGGCGUGUGUACCACGACACCAUCAGUGACUAGGACAGAAUCAUUCAUGAGUAUUUUAAGAAGAAUGAAUAAUAAAAACAAUGGUACGGUCCUUAAAUGUACAGAAGCAGAGUAAAAGCCAUUGUAGGUUCUGAUUCUGAUGGUGCAGAUAAAGUAGAGCUAGAACAAGUGUGUACGUACAACAGUAAGUGGCGUGUAAAUAUUUCAAAUGCAAUAUUGCUUCUGACCACGAGACGGCGUUAUCUCCCCGUUUUGUCUUUUUGUUUUGUGUGUCGAUCCAGUGUGCAGUAAUUUUUU